AUGCCGGUGGUGCAUGGCAUGAAUGUUCCCAUUGCCUGCCUUAUGGACAGUGCAAUUUCAGACAAGCCAGGUGGUGACAAACUAAUCCAAGCUGAAGAAAGGAGAAAGAGGAGGAUGAUAUCAAAUAGAGAAUCCGCUCGCCGAUCGCGGAUGAGAAAGCAAAAGCAUCUUGGUGAAUUGUACUCACAGGUCAUCCAUCUCCGGUCAGUAAAUCAUCAGCUUCUAAAUGAGUUAAACCAUGUGAUGGGAGAGCGUGAUCAGAUCAUCCAAGAGAAUAGCUUGCUCAAAAAUGAAGAAACUGAGCUCCAAAUGAAACUCAAAGGUCUACCAGCAAAAUUUGCUUGUUCUCAAGAAGAAACGGAGGUAUCUUGA